CAAUGGAACAAUCUUCCUUGCCCCAGGCCUCAUUCUUAAGAGGUCAGCGUAGUCCAGGGCAGGACAGGGCAGACCUCUUUAAACCUGUUGCCCAAUCCCUUCGGAGAUAGAGAGGUUGAAAUCCCGCAUAUUCAGGGUGCUCCAGUUCCUUCACAGGCUCCUGCCCUCAUGUAGGUAAGGGAAGGACCCAGGGAAGAGCAGGUCCCGGACAAAAGCAGCAGUGGGAAACUAGGUCACUAACAACCUGCCGGCUUUCAAAGACCGACGCAGGGAGCCGACUUGAGCGCUUGCCUCUCCGGAUGGGAAGAGUGGGCGAGCCCUGCCUCUACGCAGAUACCCAGAGAAUUCUGGGAGCCCCCGUGCCCUCUGGCAGCAGUUGCUAUCUCGGGAUGCAGCGGGUAGGGGGCAGUUUCUCCACCGGGCAACAAGAACGGGGGGAGAACCGGGUGGCGUCCCGAUGUCCCAGCGCGGCCUUCGCUGAAGGAAAUCAAGUGGACACCCUACCGGUGCGGCUGCUCAGGGAUGAUCUGGCUGCGGUUCAGGGCGAUGACCAUGCCGAACAAAGUUUCCAGAUGAAGGUGGCCGCCCAUGGCUUCACUCCGGAGGAGUUGGUGGUGCAAGUGGACGGUCAGAACCUGAUGGUGACCGGUGAGCGGCUGCAGGAGUCGAAUGACCCGGUCAGGGGCAGCUACCGCCUAGAGCAUAAGGUGCACCGGAAAGUGCAACUCCCACCGAACUUAGAUCCAGCAGCCAUGACGUGUAGUCUGACGCCUUCUGGCUAUCUGUGGGUCCGUGGUCAAAACAAGUCGCUACAUCCCUCGGAAGCCCAGAUAGGCCAGGCCCCGAGACUUAGGAACCGGGAGCUGUAAGGGUGCCAAACCUACCCUGACCCAAUAAACAACCGAGAUGUGCA